AUGACACCUACGCUAGACCAUAUCGUCAUUUUGGUAUCGUACCAGACGUUACAAAAGCUACCCAAGUCGCUCGAGAAUGUUCUCACCGUGAUCGAUGGAGGUACCCACGCAGAUGGCCGUACUGUCAACAAGCUCAUUGAAUUUUCUGACGGAGUCUAUAUCGAGCUUAUAGCGUUUCAGGAAGGUCUUGAUCGUGAACAGCGAAAAGCGCAUAGAUGGGGAGAGUUGGAAGAAAACACCAUCGUCGACUGGGCCUAUACUCUUCCUAACGAAGAGGAAUUUGGUACGAUACAAAAGCAGGUGAAAGAAUCGAGUACUAAAGUUGCCUACCACGACCCGGUCCCGGGAGGCCGCCUUCGACCUGACGGGGUCGAAUUGAAGUGGUCCGUAGCAUCUGCCUACAACGUUUCUGGCCAGCCUCUGCAGCCCGGAAAAGCUCCUUUCUGGUGUCUCGAUCGUACUCAGAGGCAUUUGCGCGUUCCGUACCAAAAUGAUGACGGUUCUCAACCUUCCUACACCAAACAUCCGUCAAGAGCUACUGGCGUCUCUUCUGUUUCGGUCUUUGUACCUCAGCCUGAUCGUGACACUAUCGCCCAAGUCUAUAACGGCAUCCAUGGUUCUUCACCAGAGAGAGAGACUUGGCAUUUUAUUGUCCACUCAGGCUCAACGCAGGGUAAACACCUUCUGACGUUGGAAAACAGUCAAGAUGAACAACGAAACAUCCGUCUUACCCUUCUCGGUGAUUAUGGCAGCCCCAGUAACAUCGAAAUCGUGCCUGGUUUGACCGUGGGCAUUGAUUCUGGUGCCCAAUGA